AGUUUAUUUCCGUUCAGUUCAGUUGAAGGAAGGACCGUAUUCUUUUCUACUUUGAGUUGAUUUUUCCUUAAUUUCAUUUGCGUUUGUGUUCUACAUUUUCGUUUUGUACUUCGGUUCGGUUUUUAAAUAAAAAAUGCAAUAAAUAAAUAAUAAACAUUAAAGGAAUUUAUUAAUUAAAAAAUUCAUUUACUUGAUUUAUUUCCCGUUCCUACUCGGUUUUGUGAAAACGCUUUUAUGAAAAUCAAUGGAAGAGUUAGUAAAAUAAUAAUUUUUCUAGUGCUGCGCUAUUGCAUCUGUAAACGGUGUCAACAAAUAAGUUAUUAAGAUAAAAAAAAAAACAAACCAUCAGUAUUAUUGUUGAGGAACUAAAAGAAAUUAAGCAAUAUAUUUGUUUUAUUCAGGACUUCGUAAUUAAAAACAUAAUUUUCUUAAUUUUAUAUUUAUAAUUUAAAAGCUUUUGAACACUGAACGUUAUUUGUUAAAUUAUAUAUUCUUCGUUCCUAUGCCAUUUGCGUCUUUGGACGAAACGAAUAUCAUAUAUUUACAAUAUAUUUGUCACUAAAUGAUGACUACCAGCUCUAAUAGCAACAAUAUGGUUGAAAGUCAACAACAGCAGCAAAACGGCAGUAGUGGUCUCGGUGCUGCUACCGGGAGCGGCGGAGUAACAGCAGCAACGGCUACAGCUAAUGCUGGUAGUAAUAACAAUAACAAUAAUAAUACUAGUGCUAACAACAACAAUAAUAAUAUGGAUAACGACUCUAAAACAAAUUUGAUUGUGAAUUACUUACCCCAGACGAUGUCUCAAGAGGAGAUUCGGUCGUUAUUUGUUAGUUUUGGGGAUGUGGAGAGUUGCAAACUGAUUAGAGAUAAAGUUACAGGUCAAAGUCUUGGGUACGGAUUUGUAAAUUAUAUAAAACAAGAAGAUGCUGAGAAGGCAAUAAGCUCACUCAAUGGCUUGCGUUUACAAAAUAAAACAAUUAAAGUUUCAGUAGCCCGUCCUAGUUCAGAAUCAAUUAAGGGUGCAAAUUUAUAUGUGUCUGGUCUUCCCAAAAAUAUGACUCAACCAGAACUCGAAGUACUAUUCAGUCCAUAUGGCAAGAUAAUUACCUCAAGAAUUUUAUGCGACAAUAUCACAGGUCUAUCGAAAGGUGUUGGCUUUAUACGUUUCGAUCAACGUCAUGAAGCUGAUCGUGCUAUAAAAGAGUUAAAUGGAACUAUACCAAAAAACGCCACCGAUCCGAUUAUUGUUAAAUUUGCCAAUAACCCCAGUAAUAAUAAGUCCAUACAACCACUGGCUGCUUAUUUAACGCCACAGACUGCUAGAGCACGCGGUUUUCCCGCCGCCGCAGCGGCAGUUGGCGCAGCUGCUGCAGCGGCAGCUAUACAUCCUUCGGCAGCAAGCCGCUACAGCUCGGUGAUUUCACGUUAUUCACCUUUGGCUGGUGAUCUUUUGGCGAACACAAUGCUACCGGGGAAUCCCAUCAACGGUUCCGGAUGGUGUAUUUUCGUCUACAAUUUGGCACCAGAAACUGAGGAGAAUGUAUUGUGGCAGCUAUUUGGCCCAUUCGGUGCCGUGCAAUCAGUUAAGGUUAUACGUGAUCUGCAAACCAAUAAGUGCAAAGGUUUCGGUUUUGUCACUAUGACUAAUUAUGAGGAAGCUGUUGUCGCCAUACAAUCCCUCAAUGGAUAUACACUGGGCAACCGUGUACUUCAAGUCAGCUUUAAGACGAAUAAAACAAAGCAAACGUAAUUAUUAACGAAAAUAACUGCUGUUAUGAAUGCCACCGCCACCAAUACAAUAAACCUAACAACAACACCGACACCACCCUCCCUGUUCAAUUCCAACACCACCAACAAGAACAAGAACACCACAACCACCACAACCACAACCACCACCAGUUUCAGUUUCAACUCCCUUAACAGCACUGAAUUGAUGUUGAUGCAUUUGAAUGGCGGUGGUAGUGGUAGCCGUAAAACGAACAACAACAACACUAACCAAAACAACAAACAUAACACCAACAGCAACAGCAACAUCAAUGCCAACAGCGGUCAGCACAAUAAUAGUAACAGGCUACAACAUCAGAGCCAGCAACAUACUAAUCGUAAAACACAGCAACCCCCCACGGCGGCUACAACAACAAGAGCCACUGAUUUGCAAUCACUAUUGAAUUUGCCACCACCACAUACCCCACAUCAAGCAGCGGCAGCGGCGGUCGCAGCAGCAACAAUUGCAAAUGCGGCUGCAGCCGCAUCGAUUAGUUCAUUUGGUGCCAAUGGUUGUAAUCAGCGAACAGGUGCUGUAUCUAUGGCAGGGCGGAGUCCAAUACCUACACCACCACAGACACAGGCUCUCAUAAAGACAGCAAGCAAAUUUAUCUACAACAAGCCACGCAAUCACUUUGAGUUAUUACAACAGCGUGUGCAAAUGCAACAAGAAUUUGCACAUCUUCUUACGAGUGUUGCUGCGAGCAGUGCAGCUGCAGCUGCAGUCCAACAACAUACACAGCAUCAACAGCAUCGCGGCCGGGGUGUAGCGGCAGCAGCAAACAACAACUUCGCCGGCACAUCCAGCAGUAACACUCGUGCGGCACAAGCUGCAGCAGCAGCCGCAGCAGCUGCAAAAAAUUCACUUUCUUCCCUUUUACCUUAUUCGAAUUGGUUCUUUUAAGUUAUACUUAUGUUAUUUCUAUUGGAGUUUCUUUAGUAGUUUUAGGUACAAAAUGUUAAUUAUUAACAAAUUGAGUUCUUGAAUUUUAAUCACUUAAGUUUCUUUGAUUAUAAAAUGUGUUCGUUAUUUAUUGCGGAUAUGCAAUAUUUAGAAAGGUAAUAUAAUUGUUUAAUUGCUUUCGGGAAUUAACGCUUAGCCAAUAAUUUUCAUGAUAUAAUUAUUGAUAUUUUCGUGCUGAAGUUACAAUUCUUAUUGUUGAAAGAAUCCAAAUUGUUUUUGUUUACUUUUCGUCACAAUUACCCACAGUUUAGAUUUAGGUGAUUUGAAUACUGUUUUUAACUUUGACAACUGAAUAUUAAUAUACAUACAUACAUAUAUAUUUACUGUUUCUUUUACUUUAUAGUAUUUUGUAAGAAUUGUUAUAUUUGUUUAAUAUGGAAUUACUUAAACUGCUUUAAUCGAUCAUGAUUCAAAAUUUUAUAGAUAUACCUUCGAAAUAAGUUAAGAUCUGGAGAAUAACGAGCGUUUCAAACUAAUUAUUUAUUCACAAUAGUAAUAAUUUUAGCAAGAUUUGUAGUUAUUCAUAAAUCAAAGUAGUUAUUAAUUUUUUUCCUACAAAAAAAUUUUCGAAGUUACAUCAGUUUCAUUCAAUUGGUUUUAAACCAUUAUUUGCAUAGAUUGAUAUUAUUUUAUUAUUUAAAGUUUCCUUUAUUAUCAUAAAAUGUAUUUCACUUGCAUCGUACAUCAUCUAACUUGCAUAUAAGGCAAAAAUAUUUAGAACAUUCUUAAAAUUAAAGUUUUUACAACAAACUAUGUGAAAUCGCCACAUCUUUUUUGCUACAUUUUUUAACAAGUGAGUAUAUACAUACAAUCUACAAGCCCGUAAUUCGAACGAAUUUUUGCAUUUUUGAAAUUAUACAAGUAUAAAAUCCUAGUUUUACAACUUAUAAAUCAGACAUUUUGUUCGUAAUGCCAUACAAAAUUUAAUUAAUCCUAUUGCAAAAUAUGUAUAAUACUCAUAUAGUAAUUGUACAUAUUUGCUAGUGCUAUAAGUAUUUAUAGAAUUACAUUGAAAAAGGUGUUUGAAGUCACGUAAUUCGAAUAUUUAUGUUUUUCUUUGGUCUUGUGUAAUAAACAUCAAGUAGUUCCCAGUUCUGACUAUUAACAAUUUGCUUAGUAUACAUUACAAUUUAUGAUAUUCAAAUAAAUUUUAUACAUGUACUUAAAAGUAAUUUUAUACAUUUAAAGAUGUAUUUGAAAUAAAAAAAUAAUGUGCAUAACCAAAAUAGGAAUAGAAAUAAUACAGCAUUAAUUUUCAACGAGAAAAUUAGUCUAAACUACAAUCGUUCGUCGUGGACAAGGGAAUGUUGCAAAUAUAAUAUUGUAAAUUGAAUUCUGCUCAUUAAGACGGAUUCUAUCAUGAACACAGUUGUAAAAAUAGAAUGAUGUUUCAAUACUUAGUUGUUACAAAUUACCUACUUGUUUUACAUAAGAGAGUUAUACCUACGUUUUUUCAAGAUUUUCAGUUAUGCUUGUUUUUUAAAAUGAAAAAAAAAAAAAUGCAAAACCAAUUUUGUAAAAAUUAGGUGAAAUACAAAGUAAUGAGAAUAUACAUUAUUUAUGAAUAAAUAAUAGGAAUACCAUACAUAUAUUUUUUACAAUUAUAAAAAUACAUGCUUAUAGAUAUGACAACCAAACCAUUCCUGUUUUUAUAAUCCUUGCGAAUUAUUUUGAAAAGUGAUAACAAUAAUUUUUUCUGUAUUUAUUUCCAAAGUUAUUGAGUUUUAAUUGAUAACAUUUGGAAACGUAGUCAGAGAAAGAAUAUAACAUGAAAUUCACAAAAUGAGGAAAUUUGUAUAAUUAACAAAUAAAUUCUACAAAUUUCAAAGUACAGUUUCGGAAGGUAAUAAAUACGUUUUAUUUCAAGAUAUUAUUUCUCAAGACACAAAGUCUAAUUUUUAAUUGAACUUGUGAAGAGUCGUUUUCAACAACAUCUAUUCUUCAUUUGGUAUAAAAACAAGAAAGUGAUACACACUACAACGGACCUAAUUUAUGUAAGUACAUUUGUAUUUUGUAUUUACAAAAUAAUUGGUACUCACCUUAAUUAUUGUGUUAUUAAAUACCAUGCUUUUUAUACAUGCACAAUGAAAAUCGGUUUUCUUUCCGCCCUAUGUUAAUUAUGUUAUGUGCAUAUACACCUCUUCUCACAUACUUUACAUAUGUUAGUGCAUAUACUACAUACACAAACAUUAAAAAGUGUCAAAAUUAUUUUGCUUUUCUUGUGAGAAUCCCGAUUGUACAAAACAUUAACAUUGUAAUUUGUUCUAACUGCAAUGUGACUUACUUUAAACGAUAUGGACAAGAAAUGCGCAUAAAAACUCAAAUGACAUUAACUUAAAGUACUGGAAGAAGAUUUAAAUCAACUAUAAAUUGGCAAUAGAAGUACAAUAACAAAAUUAAUUAAUACGCAUACAGGAUUGUUAUUAUAAUUUAUUUUUAUUUAUUGAUAAUCAUGCUUUCUUACAUUUUUAAUCGAAACUUAGUCUUCACUUUUUUGUAUACUUAAUUUCUUAUAAAAUUCGAUUAGAAUUUCGAAAACCAUUAAAACGUACUUAAAAUUUUCGAAUACAACGAAUGAAAGUUUGUGAGUUUGCAAGAAGCAAAGAUACACCGAAUUCAUCUGAUACUCACAGCGAAAACAACCGGAGGAUUCUUUGUUUAACAAAUACUGUAUCGUUUAGGACUAUUUAAUAAAUAUAAAUUAAAUACUUAUUAAAACUAGCUAAGUUUUAAAAGACGCUAUUAAAUAUACAUAAAUACCACGAGAGUAAUAUACGAAUAUGUAAUAAAAGUUUGGAAUGAAAAAACACCAACACAAACAAGAGCACCCAGAUAAAAGAGAUGAUUUAAAAUUUAAUAUUAGACAAAAAAAAAUCAGGAAGUGCAAACAUAAAAUUUAAAGGGUUUUUAAAACGUUUCAAAAUUUCUAAAAAUUUACUAUUACAUUUUAAUUCACAAUGUUAUACGUUGCUACUCAAAAAAACGGGAUUGUCAAAAUUUCCCGAAUGAAGAAGACGUAAAUACUACGUAUACUUUUCAUGCACUUGUAUAACAUAAAGAAUUAUUUUCUAUGUCUUUUUCACAUACUGAUAAUAAGAAUACUUAUGUACUAUAUAGUAUAUACGUAUAUAAAUCACUAUAAUACGCAAAUUUUAAAUGUCAGAUGCAAGUUUAGAAAUUCCUAGUAGAUUUCCGACAUAAAAAUUCACUUGCUGGAGUUUCCAUAUGUGGAGUAACAUCAAGAGGUAUGCUCCAAAUAGAAGAAGUCCUUUAAAGCAUAUGUAUAUAUACGUAGUAAUUCAUAUAUUUGUAUGUAUACAAAUGGUCGACUUAAGCAAAAACGUGUGUUGUGAAUAAUCGUCGUGCUAUUGUCUUAUAUUUUUCACUGUUAUGUGUAACGAACAUCCCUCUAUAACAUAUUUUUACAAAUAGAAAGAUUAUUAAAGACAUAUUUCAUAUUAUUCAGACGAAAAUACAAAAGUUAAAGACGCAGAAUCAUCUUGAACAAGUAGUUAAUAUUAAGAAGUUCACAAAUUUAUAUUCCAAGCACAUAGAAAUUUUAAAACUUAUCUAUCAAGCAACAUUAAAUAGUUACUCUAAAAGUACUUAAUAACUUAAACUUUAAGCUCGCCGUUUUCUUUUUUUCCAUAUGUAAGUUCUCAAAACUUUCUUAUGGCAUUUAAAAACUCAGCCUACCGUAUGGACGUAAUACUAUUUUCCUCAAUAACCAAAAAAUGAAGUUAUCUUAAGGCAAACACGAUUUGUUAAAUAUAUAAAUAUAUGUAAAACGAGCCUAAGGUUCAGUAUUAAAAGCAUUUUGAUAUCACCUAUAAACUAUCCUAUUGACGUUGUGUGUUUCAGUGUUUUAACAUAACAUUUGCUGAAAUAGUAGCAGGGGAAUUUAAUUGUAGAUGAAUUAUGAAAUCUAAUCUUUCAAUAAAUUCUAUGCUAUUGGCUUGCAUAAUUUGUUAGUUUAUAAAACUAAAUAUACAGCUAGUUACAAUCAAUUGCUCAUAAACAGUUGUAUGGGCAGGCAAUAAGGUCCCAUUUUAAUUAAUUAAAAUAUAAUACGCGAGUAUACCUAAGUAUGUAUAUUCAAUAUACAUAAAGCAGAUACAACCGUUGCAGAACCAUGUUUAUUACACAAAAUAAGAAUUAUGAGAUGGAAAAACGAAAUAAUAAACAACAAAUCGUACAAUAAUCCACACAUGUGUAAUGUAUGGAAUUUUUUACUUAAUUUUACAAGUUUCUAAAAUAAAUGGUUAAGGUGAAAAAUAUGAAUAUGAUAAGUUAAAUAACAUUAACAAAAAUGAUAUUAGAUAAUAUAAAAUAAACGCAUGCAUAUGCAAAAUAGAAAUCGUUAACAUAGCAAAAAGUCGCAUAUCUUGAAGUAAAUAAUUAACGAAGAAUCAUAUACGACCGCAUAUGAAACUAACGUAAAAAAUAAACAGAGAAAAUUAAAAAAAUAAGGUAAUUUAAAUUUACCAUACACAAUGUGACAACUUGUUAUUGUAAAUGUUCACUUUUGUACUUUUACACCGUAUACAAAAACAGAAAAACGAGAGAACAAAAACAUCCAAAUUUUGAGAUAAAAUUAAUUAUUUAACUUCAAUAAAUAUAAAAACUAAUUAAUAUUGGGAAUAUAUGCAACUAGAUAUAAAUAUUCUUAUGUUAAUGAACAGAUUUAGAAUAUAUGAGCUAGCUAUUUUCAAAAUUUAUACCCAGAAGGGAAUUUAAAAUGAGUUUAAUUUUAUUUGUUUUAUUAGAGGCUAUGAAAGACCAAACGAAUGAAUAUUUCUUCUUGGGAUUUUUUUCUUUAUUAAAAUGUCUUUAAAUAUUUCAAUAUACAAUUCAAAGUUAUUUUAGAAAUUUUAUUUGUUUAUUACAAAAAUGUAAAAUUUUACAUUAAUAGAAAACCACUUUAGCAUUCGAAAUGUUGACUGCUUCUAAUUAUUACAAAUUAAAUAUAUGUAUAUUUUUUGUGAAUCAUUUUAUUAAAAUAGUCAUGCGUAUAUUAAUAAGAUACACGUAUGUAUAUAUAUAUAUGCAUGUUAAAAACUAAAAUGAAAUAAUACAAAUGAAUUAAUUAUCUGCGGUUCAUUACUACAAGUAUAUCUUAUUACAAAAGAGAACGAAGAUCGAAUGUAUUUUGUAAAAUAAGCGAAGAUACUUAUAAACUUCAAGUAGAUAUUCUUAUACUGGGGCUGAAUAAUACUUUAAACACGAACGAAUAUAUACAAGUACUUACAUAUUACAUAUUGAACUAGUAGAACACAAUUAUUAAGUGUAUUUAAUUACGUAUUUAAAUGCAUUAUAUAUUAUUAUAUUAACUAGAUAAUUCGUUGAAAUUUGGAAUUAACUUAUAAAACAAUGCCCACUAACAUAAAUAACUUCUUCAUAUAAAAAACAAUUACUACUGAGAAAUGCAUACAUGUUUAAAACUAUAACAUCGAUAGAAAUUUAUAGAAAAUUAAAAAAAUAAAAUAAAAAUAAAAAGAAGUUAUGUCGCAACACAAAUACAUACAUAUAUUAUUCAUACAUGUACAUAUAUUUACAUUGCAUUAUAAACGAUUACAUAUAUAAAUAAGCACUUAUGGACAUUCAUAAUUCCUAAUUUAAAUCGAAUUGAUAUUUUCUAGUCAGUCUUGUAUCAGAAUCUUAGAUAAUUAGUCUCCACGUAAUUUUUAGACUAAAAAAUUGCACUAGUAUUAUUUGCCCUAAGCUAAGCUUUAGUUGUGUAUACAAAACUGAUUUGCAUAGUAUGUAUUUUUCUAUAAAAGCGUGUUUUAAAAAAAAUUACGAUUUUUCAAAACUUGUUUUCAAGAACUCUUCAAUACAAGUUUAAUGCUCAAUAUUUGUAUUGCACCAAUUAAUUUCUGUAUAUUGCAAUAACAAUGCAAUUUUAUAGUAUUCGUAAUAGCUAAUAGUCCAAAAGUAAAUCAACUUCACUUCAAGAAGAUCAAUAUGAAAAAUAUCAAAUUUAAUUUAAAGUAACUUGAGCACAAUCUCAUGCAUUUUGCAUAUACAUAGAAUAAUCAAAUCAGUUACUUAGUUUUACAAUGCGUUAAAAACUUUUACACUAUUUUUGAAAACAACUUAACAAUCGCAGAUCAUAUUUCCAAAGAACAAUUCUUGAAUACGCUAACUUUUGUCAAGUGUUUGGUUUUACAAAUAAAUUUUCAGGGGCGUCGAAAGUUUGACACCAAAUAGGAAAAAGUAUGCCUAAUUAUUCGCAUGUAUGCAAGUGUUUCAAUUACUCAGUAAAGAAUAAAUAAAGUGUUCGAAAAAAUGUUUUA